CAUUUCUCGCUGAAAGUCUUAUCCCCCUCGGGCCGAGGGGCGAUUUCCCUUUCCAAGCGAAUGCGAAAGGAAAUUCUCACCGCGCAGACUCGUACAAAAUGGCGACCCGAAGUUAUGAAGUCGAUGCGGUUCACUCGCUUUUACCGAUCGAUAUUAAUGGAGGAUUCGGAGUUUUCGGGGUCUCUUGUGCAGUGCACAUAUUUCGUGAAUUCGGGCUCCAGUUGAGUGAAAAAAUCCUAAAAAGUGUAGUUUUGAAGCUGUUACAUCAUUGUGAAUUUGCGAGGCUUCUAAUAGGAUUGCGAAAUGUGUUUCAAAUCACGCAGUACAUAAGCCCGGUGUGAUCCACCACCCAUCCUCUGCCGAGGGCUCCAAUGGUACUGGUUAAGAGCAGAGACGAAGACUACAUCAUGAACUCUGCAGUCAGCACGGAAUCUAUCGACAUGCCCGAUGAGGACAUGUCGCAAGUCGACGGUUGCGGUCUCAGCGGCGCGUCGGACGAUGAGGACGAAUGCGCGUCAUCCCCCGCCGGGUCGGCGUACGACGACGGCGGCGACAUCAUGAAGACUGCGCUCAGCGACGAGGUCACCAAGCAGCUCGCCGCCGCCGGACCCGUUGGAAUGGCCGCAGCGGCCGCCAUCGCGUCAUCAAAGAAAAGGAAGCGACCACACUCAUUCGAGACCAACCCCUCAGUCAGGAAGCGACACCAGAACCGUCUGCUUAGGAAACUCAGGCAAACCAUAGAAGAAUUCGCCACCCGCGUCGGGCAGCAAGCCGUGGUCCUAGUCGCCACGCCCGGCAAGCCCAACACCUCCUACCGAGUGUUCGGCGCCAAACCGCUCGAGGACGUGGUCCGCAACCUGCGCUGCAUGAUCAUGGAGGAACUAGAGAACGCGCUGGCGCAGCAGUUCGGUGUGGGCGCGGGGCAGGCGCCGCCGCCGCCGCAGGACGACCCGUCGCUCUUCGAGCUGCCGCCGCUCAUCAUCGACGGCAUCCCCACCCCGGUGGAGAAGAUGACGCAGGCCCAGCUGCGCGCCUUCAUACCGCUCAUGCUCAAGUAUUCUAUGGUGCGGGGCAAGCCGGGCUGGGGCCGCGAGUCGACGCGGCCGCCGUGGUGGCCCAAGGACCUGCCGUGGGCCAACGUGCGCAUGGACGCUCGCUCCGAGGACGAGAAACAGAAGAUGUCGUGGACGCACGCGCUCCGCCAGAUCGUGAUCAACUGCUACAAGUACCACGGCCGCGAGGACUUACUGCCCGCCUUCACCGAGGACGACGAUCAGAAACCCACUCAACCCAUAUCCGCCUGCAUGCCGUCCGCGUCAUCCAACUCGUCCCGCGGCUCGCCCGGCCGCUCCGGGCCCGCUGUGCUCUCCAGCCAGCAAGUGUGCAUCGACCAGAUGACGCUCACCGACGUUGAUAUGUCACAAUACGCGCCAGCGGUGCUACAGACCAUCACCAACCCGGACGGGUCCGUGUCGCUCGUGCAGAUCGACCCGUCGCACCCCAUCAUCACUCUACCGGACGGCACCACGGCGCAAGUGAUCCACAGCGGCGAAGGCGGCGCAAGUGGAGUUGUCCAAACGCUGGACGGCGAGUCGGUGGCCGUCGAUCUCAACGCGGUGGCCGAGGCCACGCUCAACCACGACGGACAGAUCAUACUCACCGGCGAGGACGGACACGGUUACCCGGUGUCAGUGUCAGGCGUGAUCACGGUGCCGGUGUCCGCGUCCGUGUACCAGUCUAUGGUGGCGUCCAUGCAGCAGCAGGACGGCGUGUGCGUGGCGCCGCUAGUGCAGGUAGCUGCGGUUCAAGUAAUACGCGUGAAAAAAGAAAUUGAGUAACAAUACCAAAGAAACCAGUACAAUGAUAGAUUUUCGAACCGUGCCAUUAACAUUAUACUUACUAACUAGUUUAAUUACAACUUACAGAGUUGGUUGCCAUUUCUUUUGCAAUAAAUAUUUUUAUAUUUCUAUUUCAAUUUGUUAAAAAGGUAUUGUGUACAUUCCGUCUAAGGAAACUCAUAAAGACAAUAACGAAUUUCUGUUCAAAUUUCAGACAAAGACGUCCUUAUUUUACUUGAAGCAUAAAAUAUCCUUUUGAAUGGAAAAUCACAUAUUUUCAAAGAAUAUCUCUUAGUAGAAUUCAAGGAUAUCGGAUAGGAAAGUUCUGAAAUAAGGAACUUUUGAUAUUUGUAUCAACUGUAACUGGGAUCCAAACCCUGGGAUAAGGUUUGGGGAAGCUAUUACUUAUUUCAAAAUUGUUACCAAAUCCAAAAGUUACCAGACUGCUUAGGAAUAAAAACGCUAUUUAAUUUUUUUAUAAAAUGAUGCAAACAUAUAGUAAUAGCAGUAAUAGAGUCUCAGAAAUGGUCAAAUAUAGGAAAAGUGAUGGCAAGCAACUCGUGUAGGUUUACGUGCAUGUCACAUAAGAUUUGUGAUAUCUACUACUUAUAUUGGCCCUCAUUUGAUUGAAUUAGACUUUAGAUUUGGGACUUAUUUCAUGAACAGAAAGGUUUGAAUACAGUCAGCCUCUUUGAAGAAUUUAAUAACACAAGCUUCUUGAAAAAGUCCCUUGAUCUUUAUUGUUAGUAUGCAAAGAGUUUUAUAGAUUGAAACCCUUAUCUAUGGCAUUUUUGUAUUGAUUAUGUAUGUUUUUGUCAAUGGUAAGGAUGUUGCAUAAUAUUCAUAUUUUAGGGUUAGUAACUUGCAAGUCGCAAUACAAUUUAUAUAUUUUAGAAAUAGUUACAAAUACAUAUUUACACUAAACAGUUCCUUGCGCCUAAGAUUUCUAGAAAGUAUUACUUUAGUGUUCAACGCUAGUCAAGUCAAAGAGUACUAUAAAAGUAAAUUUUUAUUUAUUCUUAAUAUAUUACGACCUAUUUGGUCACAUAAGGUGGCGAGAUGCGUAUUAGUACAUAGUACGAACGAGCAUUCAAAUAAAAUGUAUUCUUUUUUUUUAUUGAAUAAAGUGACACAAUGGGAUUAGAUCUAGACACGCGGUAGCGUGUCAAGCCAAGUAACAGAUCUGGCAAGCAGCACUGUGUUUCGUUAUGUACAAUAGGUUUCCAAAAGGAACCAGAAUAAUUGUCCUAACUUACCAUGUGAUGUAUUUCGUGUGUACGUAAUACGAAUAGUUAAUUAGGUAGUACAUUAUGCAACAUAGGGCGUAAGUUAAAUAUUGCAAACGAGCUAGUUUUACGCCCCUAAUUAAAGCCUGUAGGCCUAGCACAUGAUGGCCGCGAGAUAGACUACCCGUCCUUAUGUCAUUAAUACAGUUAGAAGAAGACGUGUCAUCUAUCU